AUGCCUAUACUAUCACCAUCUCAUCGUGGUUCAGAGGGCAUGCCUCCGAUGUCUCACAUCCUCAGCAUCUCUGAGGUGGAAGAGUAUGCGAUGAGGAAAUUAAGUCCGAAGGCCAUUUCAUACUACGCUUCAGGGAGCGACGAUGAAAUCACCAAGGUCAGAAACGGCGCAGUCUUCCGCUCUAUCCUCUUGAGACCACGAGUCUUUGCAGAUUGUAGCCGAUGCUCUCUUUCAACCAACAUCCUCGGAAAUCCUGUUGGAAUGCCUGUCUACGUCGCGCCUGCGGCCAUGGCCAAGCUGGCCCAUGCUAGCGGUGAAGUGGGCAUCUCUGCAGCAUGUUCAAGAUUCCGGGGGCUACAGAUCAUCAGCAAAAACGCAUUCAUGUCUCCUUCCGCGAUUGUCCAAGCUGGACCACACGCGGUUUUUGCUUGGCAACUAUACGUCCUGAAGGACAUCAAGGCAACCGAACGAACUCUGGCGCAGAUCCGGGCCAUUCCUCAAAUCAAGUUUAUCGUCCUCACACUCGACGCGCCCUUCCCCGGCAAGAGAGAGGCAGACGAGCGGUUCAAGAUGACCGAGGUCGCCGGGGGAGCGGCGCCCCAGGUCUGGGGCACAGAGUCGAGUUUGACAUGGCGAAAGACGCUGGAGUGGCUCACCAAGCAGACCUCGCUUCCGAUCGUUCUGAAGGGCAUCCAAACACACGAGGACGCAUAUGCCGCGACCCUUUUCCCAAGCGUGAAGGGCAUCAUCAUUUCGAACCACGGCGGACGUGCGUUGGACACGACGCUGACGCCAGUUCAGGUGUUGCUAGAGAUUCGAAAGUACUGUCCGCAGGUGUUGGGUAGGAUUGAUGUCUUGAUCGACGGCGGCGUCAGACGAGGGACCGAUGUCGUCAAAGCAUUGGCUUUGGGGGCCAAGGGCGUUGGCAUUGGCAGAGCUGCGCUAUACGGUCUUGCGGUUGGCGGACAGGCAGGGGUCGAGAGAGCGUUGCAGAUUCUCGCCGAUGAGAUAGUUACUUCGAUGAGACUAAUUGGAGUUGAGCGAGUUGACCAGCUUGGGCCGAGACACAUAAACAUGGUUGGGUUGCAAUCGCAGCUCUAUGGCGGUUCACCAGGUCUUGAGGAGACGGAUGCAGAAUUGAGGUACAAAUUGUGA